ACUUUAUUUGCAAAUAAGAAAAGUAUUAUGAUUGGCUGUGUCAGUAUCGUGAUGAUGACGAGUCAGGUCAGGUGAUGACCGUGGGAAGUUUAGCGGUAAAGCCACCAGCAUGCGAAAGACGUUUCUUAAACAUAAUGGAAAACAAACGUUGGAGCAGCAAAGAGAAAGACAAAAAAAGAAAAUGAUAUCAGGGAAACUGAGGUUCAGACGAACACAUCAUUUUCCUCGACUUUUUUCAAAAGUCGUCUUGCUAGCGUUAACGAAGAGCCUGGAGGGGACGAUGCUAACCCAAGAGGAGGGGGACAGUAACACAGCAGCAGCCACUACCGGUAGUUCAACCGAGCACCAGCAUGAAACAGAGGCAGACAGCACAGUCCUGGGACACCCACCUGUUCAACUGACCCACCCUAAUCUCUACUGGAGGCCGAUGCGGAUGGCAGCGACCCGGUGUCAGAUGUGCCCUGCAGUGACUUCACCACCUGUCAUUCAAAAGGCGGAGGCCAGGUGUCUGAUCCGACGCCGCAGCCACCUGUUCCUGAGAAGCACCGCAAUCGCACACAAACACGCUCUGAUGUCAUCAGUGUGCUGCGCCUGGGGAGCAGGAGGGUGGAAGAGGCCGGGAUACCUGCUGGGAGCUUCUGUUGUCCACCAACACAUGCACACACUCAGGAACACAUGCCGCCAGCCACUUGUCUUCCAUGGCAGAGCUCAACUGGUCCAAUCCUCUGAGCGGAUCCAAGACUUCCACUGUGUUCAGCUGCCAGGACGAUGGAGGUCUUCCAAUCUGACGCCUCUCCUUACUAGAAUUCGCCUCUGGGCAGGUGUAUAAAAAACCAAAAGUCAGUGGUGUUAGCGCAGAGAAGGAAGCAAAUUUAAACAGAUUAAGACCCAUGCCUCUGUUCAAAGCUCUGACACUUAAUGCUGCCUGAAUGAGAGGUGACGUGUGAUAUGAAUCGUACAAGAUAUGGUUUUGGAUGUUCAAACAUUUAUGGAAAUAUCUGUGAGCAUUAAGGAUUAUGGGUGUGCAAAGGGAGGCAACAAGCAUGUCAGUAAAGCUAUUUCUGUCCUCAA